UGUCAAAAUUGUUAAUGUCAAAAAUGUCAGUGAAAAAAAAAUAGAAAAAGUUCAAAAAAUUAAAUAAAGCAAUAACUAAAAUUAUUAUAAGCUCUGCUGUGAAUGAAAAUCUCCUCGUUUUUAUGUUUUAUUACGUUAAAAGCCAAUCAUACCUAGUUUUAUUUAAAUAAAGAGAGCUGCUCCUCAAAUGUUAUAAAUAUAACCUGUUAUUUCCCAAAAGCCAGCCCUUUAAUAUAUCAAUUAACCCCUUAAGACAACAACCAGUCAUGUCUACAGGAUUUGGUUUUGGAGCCAACAGACCAGCUAAUUCUGCUCCAGCUUUUGGAUCGUCAACAAGUUUCUCUUUUGGAAACCCUACAACUCCGGCACAACAACCUGCAGCAGCACCAAGUUUUGGUAUGGCAGCAGCACAAUCUACCCCAGCGCCUACCCUUGGUGCUACCCCUAGUUUAUUUGGUACUCCGACACAAGCUACAACUACAAAACCAUCUUUGUUUGGCACAGGAGGAACUAAUCUAUUUGGGACUCCAACUGCAGCACCAACAACCACUGCCCCAGCCACCAAUUUGUCCUUUGGUGCUGGUAAUUUAUCAUUUGGUGCUACUCCUGCUACUACUAGUAUUCUUGGGGGAACCACAGCAACAUCCACCCCUCAGUUACAAUUUGGCUUGACUGGAGGUCAGCCUGCAUCAGGUGGACUUACAUUAGGAACAGGAUUAGGGACUUCAGCGACAACUUCGGCCCCAUUGUUCGGAUUAAGUACAACAACAUCAACUGCUGGUGCCUUAAAACUAGGGGCUACAACAUCAACAACUACUGCUGGAGGUUUAACCUUUGGUUUAGGUGGUUUAGCUUCAACAUCAUCAGCAGCUCCCACAGCUACAACAACCGCCCCAUCAAUCGGUCUUGGGGGUAUAGCCACUCCCAGCCAAUCAAAGAGCUCCACUGUAACGACGCAGAAGGAAAUUCCGCCAAAAGAUCAACCACUGCCAAACGAAAUCCUACAAACCGUUGAAUCCUUCAAAGAAAUGGUGAAACAACAGAAACAGUACAGCUCUGAAAUAACGCGUUGUUCGGUUCGCGACUUUAGACGAGUCGAACAGGAAAUCGACCAGUUAAAUCACUAUUUGAACGAGUUAGAACUGCAAUUACAAAAGAAUCGACAAGUGGCCGAAAAGUUAAAAUACGAUUCGGCGAAAACGUUCCAGAACGUGGAGAUGGCGCAACGUACUCAAGACUUUCCGCCCGGGCUGCAGUACGAAAACACGGCUCCCUUGAAGUUCUUUGUCAGUUUGGCCGAUCAGUUCGAGAGGGACAUGCAAAGUUUGAAAGUGCGGAUCGAAGCGGCCGAUUCGUUCGUUAAGAAUUUUAAAAAUCCGGGUGUUUUAACACCACAAGAUUUAUCAACGGGCAUGAAAAGACUUCACGAAACGUUCGUGGCCCUCGCGGGCCGUCUCCACUCUAUCCACAGCCAGGUGAGUACUCAAAAGGAGACCUAUUUGAACGUAAGGCGGCACGUAUUACACGACAGCACUAAUCCCUUCGAUAAACUGGUGAAAAAUCCGGAAUUUAACGUGGCUAGCAUGACGACGUUCUCGUCCCCGCCAAGAGUCGCCUCGGGACCGACUCCGUUUAAUAAUUUGGCCUUUAGAAGUUUUAAUCCGGGUACUGCUCAGCAUCAGCAUACGACGCCGCCGCCAGCUUACCCUGGAUUUUCCGGUAAUACCGGAGGAUUAACUGGGUUUCCCAGCACUAAUUUUGGGGCCUCGCUAGGAAAUACGCAACCGGCGUUCGGUUCGACCUCUUUAGGGCAAUCGUCAUUUAAUAGUUCAUUUCAACUGCAAAAGCCCCCCACAGGCAAUAAAAGGGGGAAAGUUUGAUGUUUUUUGAAAAUGUGCGUUUUUUAAGCUCCAAAAUGAUUGUUUCAAUUGUUUUCUUUUUAUCAGUUGGUAAUAUAUUUGCUAUUUUCAUAUCCUAAA